AUGGGUGCGGCUGCUGUGGAAGCUGCGGCAGCGGCGGAAGCUGUGGCGAAGGAGUUCAGGAAAGGUUCGCUGGUUGAGGCUUUUAUGCAACCGACUUACACAUGUAAUGGAACUCAGAUAAUUGCAGGCCUAACUGGUGCUCUGCGGGCGGCGUCUAGAAGGUCAUAUGCUCAUUUCUGCAACUUCCAAGCAUCAGGAAACAAUGUGCUUCUUUACAGAAGGGAAAAUCCUCUCUCCUUGAAUUACUCUUUCCGCUCCUUGAAAGCAAGAAAUAACCAUUCAUCAGCCGUUGCACCUAAGGACUACUGUGAAACUUACAUACAGUUUUUGAGAGAUAAACGGGUAGUUCCUGAUUCAGAUCCUCCAAGCUCUAAAGAUGUGGACCUAUUAUAUAAAUUUAUUGAUAAGAGUAAAAGGCUCAUGGUACUAACUGGAGCGGGAAUGAGCACUGAAUCUGGGAUUCCUGAUUACAGGAGUCCUAAUGGUGCAUACAGUACGGGUUUUAAACCACUUACUCAUCAGGAGUUUGUUCGCUCUAUUCGAGCCCGGAGGCGGUACUGGGCUAGGAGCUAUGCUGGAUGGAGAAGGUUUAGGAGAGCACAACCAAAUGCAGCCCAUUAUGCUCUUGCAUCUCUAGAAAGGAUUGGUCGUGUUCACUCAAUGGUUACCCAAAAUGUGGAUAGGUUGCAUCAUCGUGCUGGGAGUAAUCCACUUGAGCUGCAUGGGACUGUAUAUGAGGUAAUUUGUUUAGAAUGUGGUACAUUCAUCAGCCGAGAAUCAUUCCAGGAGGAAGUGAAGAACCUAAACCCAAAGUGGGCUGAAGCUAUCGAGAGUUUGGAAGUAGGGCAACCAGGUUCAGACAAAAGUUUUGGAAUGCAGCAGCGGCCUGAUGGUGAUAUUGAGAUUGAUGAGAAGUUCUGGGAGCAAGAUUUUGAUAUUCCUAGCUGCCAUCAAUGUGGUGGAGUGCUAAAGCCUGAUGUUGUGAUGUUUGGUGAUAAUGUUCCUCAAGAGAGAGCUGAAAGCGCUAAGGAGGCUGCAAGAACCUGCGAUGCACUUCUAGUGGUUGGUUCCGCACUAAUGACAAUGUCUGCUUUUCGGCUGGCAAGGCUGGCACACGAAGCAAAUGCCCCGAUAGCUGCAGUUAGCAUUGGGGAGACCAGGGCUGACAGCAUUUUAUCACUGAAAAUCAAUGCAAGAUGUGGGGAGAUAUUACCCAGAAUACUUCAGAUGGGAAGUCUGGUGGUACCAAACAACUCAGUUAGUGGUGAAGAAUACAAGAAGAAACAUGUACAAUUAGAUGUAGAUAAAUUCAACAUGUCAUUGGAUGGCAAAGGCUCCAGCGCUGAAGCUUUUGCUGAAGAAGAAACGAGCGCGGGAAAAUUCGGUAUGAGGGUAAAGAACAAGUGGGCCCUGGGCCGUGUGCGGUGUUAG